GUCUUGCCCAAACUCAACAUGGCGUCCUCAUGGCUCCUCCUAGUCUGAGAAGCCUAUCCCGGGCGUGUGCCUCAGCGUCGAGUAACGUCAUUUGAACCCGGUCGCGCCGCUUUGUGCGUCACGGGUGGCGGGCGCGGGAAGGGGAUUUGGAUUGUUGCGCCUCUGCUGUGGAGAAGAAAGUGCUGUCUGGCCCCCAACGCCAGUUCCAGCGUCUGAGCAGCGUCUGAGCAGCGCCUGAGCAGCGCCUGUGAACCCAGUCCUUUCCAUUCUGUCACCUUCUCGAUCCUGCUGGCGCUUUAGAGCUGCAGUCCCGUCUUGUAUCCUUCAGAGCCUCAGCCACUAGCAGCGAUGCAUGUGAUCAAGCGAGAUGGCCGCCAAGAGCGAGUCAUGUUUGACAAAAUUACAUCUCGAAUCCAGAAGCUUUGUUAUGGACUCAAUAUGGAUUUUGUUGAUCCUGCUCAGAUCACCAUGAAGGUAAUCCAAGGCUUGUACAGUGGGGUCACCACGGUGGAACUAGAUACUUUGGCUGCUGAAACAGCUGCAACCUUGACUACUAAGCAUCCUGACUAUGCUAUCCUGGCAGCCAGGAUUGCCGUCUCUAACUUGCACAAAGAAACAAAGAAAGUGUUCAGUGAUGUAAUGGAAGAUCUGUAUAACUACAUAAAUCCACAUAAUGGCAAACAUUCUCCCAUGGUGGCUAAGUCGACAUUGGAUAUUGUUUUGGCCAACAAAGAUCGCCUGAAUUCUGCUAUUAUCUAUGACCGAGAUUUCUCUUACAAUUACUUUGGCUUUAAGACGCUAGAGCGGUCUUAUUUGUUGAAGAUCAGUGGAAAAGUGGCUGAAAGACCACAGCAUAUGUUGAUGAGAGUAUCUGUUGGGAUCCACAAAGAAGACAUUGAUGCAGCAAUUGAAACAUAUAAUCUUCUUUCUGAGAGGUGGUUUACUCAUGCUUCACCCACUCUCUUCAAUGCUGGUACCAACCGCCCACAACUUUCUAGCUGUUUUCUUCUGAGUAUGAAAGAUGACAGCAUUGAAGGCAUUUAUGACACUCUAAAGCAAUGUGCAUUGAUUUCUAAGUCUGCUGGAGGAAUUGGUGUUGCUGUGAGUUGUAUUCGGGCUACUGGCAGCUACAUUGCUGGGACUAAUGGCAAUUCCAAUGGCCUUGUACCGAUGCUGAGAGUAUAUAACAACACAGCUCGAUAUGUGGAUCAAGGUGGGAACAAGCGUCCUGGGGCAUUUGCUAUUUACCUGGAGCCUUGGCAUUUAGACAUCUUUGAAUUCCUGGAUUUAAAGAAGAACACAGGAAAGGAAGAACAGCGUGCCAGAGAUCUUUUUUUUGCUCUUUGGAUUCCGGAUCUCUUCAUGAAACGAGUGGAGACUAAUCAGGACUGGUCUUUGAUGUGUCCAAAUGAGUGUCCUGGUCUGGAUGAGGUUUGGGGAGAGGAAUUUGAGAAACUAUAUGAAAGUUAUGAGAAACAGCGUCGUGUCCGCAAAGUUGUAAAAGCUCAGCAGCUUUGGUAUGCCAUCAUCGAGUCUCAGACAGAGACAGGUACCCCGUAUAUGCUCUAUAAAGAUUCCUGUAAUCGGAAGAGCAACCAGCAGAACCUGGGAACCAUCAAAUGCAGCAACCUGUGCACAGAAAUAGUAGAGUACACCAGCAAAGAUGAGGUUGCUGUUUGUAAUUUGGCUUCCCUGGCCCUGAAUAUGUAUGUCACAUCCGAACACACAUAUGACUUUCAGAAGUUGGCUGAAGUCACUAAAGUCAUUGUCCGAAACUUGAAUAAAAUUAUUGAUAUAAACUACUAUCCUGUACCAGAGGCAUGCCUAUCAAAUAAACGUCAUCGCCCCAUUGGAAUUGGGGUACAAGGUCUGGCAGAUGCUUUUAUCCUGAUGAGAUACCCUUUUGAGAGUGCAGAAGCCCAGCUAUUGAAUAAGCAGAUCUUUGAAACUAUUUAUUACGGAGCCUUGGAAGCCAGCUGUGACCUUGCUAAGGAGCAUGGACCAUAUGAAACCUAUGAGGGCUCUCCAGUUAGCAAAGGAAUUCUUCAGUAUGAUAUGUGGAAUGUUACUCCCACAGACCUAUGGGACUGGAAGUUUCUCAAGGAGAAGAUUGCAAAGUAUGGUAUAAGAAACAGUUUACUUAUUGCCCCGAUGCCUACAGCUUCCACUGCUCAGAUCCUGGGGAAUAAUGAGUCUAUUGAACCUUACACCAGCAACAUCUAUACUCGCAGAGUCUUGUCAGGAGAAUUUCAGAUUGUAAAUCCUCACUUACUGAAAGAUCUUACUGAGCGGGGGCUAUGGCAUGAAGAGAUGAAAAACCAGAUUAUUGCAUGCAAUGGCUCUAUCCAGAGCAUACCAGAAAUUCCUGAUGACCUGAAGCAACUUUAUAAAACUGUGUGGGAAAUCUCUCAGAAAACUGUUCUCAAGAUGGCUGCUGAGAGAGGUGCUUUCAUUGAUCAAAGCCAGUCUUUGAACAUCCACAUUGCUGAGCCUAACUAUGGCAAACUCACUAGUAUGCACUUCUACGGCUGGAAGCAGGGUUUGAAGACUGGGAUGUAUUAUUUAAGGACAAGACCAGCAGCUAAUCCAAUCCAGUUCACUCUAAAUAAGGAAAAGCUAAAAGAUAAGGAAAAGAUAUCAAAAGAGGAAGAAGAAAAGGAGAGGAACACAGCAGCUAUGGUGUGCUCUUUGGAGAACAGAGAUGAAUGUCUGAUGUGUGGAUCCUGAGGAAAGCUUGGGAGAGACCAGCAUGUCUUCAAUGGCCAAACUACUUUUUGAGCAUAGAUAGGUGUAGUGGGUUUGCUUGAGGUGGUAAGGCUUUGCUGGACCCUGUUGCAGGCAAAAGGAAUAAUUGAUUUAAAGUACCGUCUAGGAUAAUUGUAAUGAUUUUUUUUUUAAACUCAUAUAUUGGAAUUUUCACAAAAGUGAUGCUUUUGAAAAAAAAAAAACCCAAUAUAUUGGGAAUAAAAGUAAAAGUUUUAGGAGUGCAGAAUAAGUCAUCUUGCAUACAGGGAGUGAUUAAGUAAGGUUUCAUCACCCCUUUAGCCCUGCUUUUCUGAUGACUUCAGUUUUGUUAAGGAGAUUUAGUUUUACAGCUUUGACUGGUGGGUCUCUAGAAGCAAAACAGUGACAGCUCAUAAAAAGUGCUGAUAGGACCUUUAUCUGGAUAUAGUCAUAUAGGACCUUUAUCUGGGUAUGAUCCUAUUAUUCUGAAAUAAAGAUAAACAUUUCUAAGUGA